AAAAUAAGUAAUAAUGCCUAGCAACUGCCGCCGUUUUGAAGGAAAGGUUGCAAUUGUGACUGCAGCGACUAAAGGGAUUGGACUUGCAAUUGCUGAAAGACUACUGGAUGAAGGAGCAUCCGUUGUUAUUGGAAGCAGAAAUCAGAAGAAUGUUGAUGAAGCAAUUGAGUAUUUAAAGAACAAAGGAUUGACGAAAGUUGCCGGAAUUGCUGGCCAUAUUGCAAGCACUGAUGAUCAGAAGAAACUUGUUGAUUUUACUCUUCAAAAGUUCGGAAAAAUUAAUAUUCUUGUGAAUAACCAUGGAAUUAACCCAGCAUUUGGUCACAUUCUCGAAGUUUCGGAUCAAGUUUGGGAUAAGCUGUUUGAGGUAAAUGUGAAGGCUGGAUUCCAAAUGACAAAACUUGUACAUCCACAUAUUGCCAAAGAAGGUGGUGGAGCAAUUAUCUUCAACGCCUCGUAUUCCGCCUAUAAAAGUCCACCAGGAAUUGCUGCAUACGGUGUGACCAAGACUACUCUUGUUGGGUUAACAAGGGCAUUGGCGAUGGGAUUGGCCAAGGAUAAUAUUCGAGUUAAUGGUAUUGCUCCUGGAGUUAUCAAAACUAAAAUGAGCCAAGUGCUUUGGGAUGGUGGUGAAGACGCAGAGAAGGAGCUCACCGAUAUUCAAGAAAUUGCUCUUGGAAGACUCGGAGUACCAGAUGAUUGUGCUGGAACUGUAGCAUACUUGGCAUCUGAUGAUUCAUCAUAUAUUACAGGAGAAAUGAUUAUUAUUGCUGGAGGUGUUCAAGCUCGUCUUUAGCUAUUUAAUUAUCUUUUCAAUAAAUACAUUUGCAAUUUGCU